ACAUAUUUCUCUCCUCAAUCUAUAUUUUUUAUUGUGUUGUGUUGUAUUGUAUUGUCUUUCCUUGUUAGGCAUCAUUGUCAUUGAGUUUGGCCUGAGGCUGAUUUCGUCUGGCAAGCAUGCUUCUCAGUCGUAAUGUAGAACCAGGUCCUCGUUGUCCUGCCUUUCCUGUCUUCUUCAGGGCUGUAGAGGCAGUACUAUCAAUAGGAGCAGGUCCUGUUGUUGUUGAUGAGGAUAAUGAUAAUGUUCCUGUUCCUAUUCCUAUUCCUGUUCCUGUUCCUGCUGUUGCUGUUAUUGUCGAUCCUGAUCCUGAUCCUAAUCCUGGUCCUGAUCCUGAGCCAAUACUCGACUGCAGUGGUGAUUGCUGUGAGUAUUGUGACAUUAAACCUGGUCUACUGGCAAUAGCAAGCUUUGAAGAUUUGAUAUUCGAAUAAUUUCCUGCUGAGUUCAUAUUUCCUCCUGUUGUUGCUGCUGCUGAUAAGCCAUAAGCAUUAUUGUUGCUGUUGUUACUAUUGUUACUAUUGUUAUAAUUGGCUGUUGGAGUAGAAGACGUAUUCGUAGAAGAUUGUGCUUGCUUUUGGGAGUCC